UAUGCGUUGUAUUAUACCUGAUGGACCAUAUGUGGUAAUAUGGAAUAAAAUUGGUAUGGAGUAUCCCCUGACAAUUGGUAAACGAAGAUUUAUACCAGACAGUAGAAUCAGUGUAAAAUAUAAGCCACCAGAUAGAUGGAGACUUCGCAUCACAAAUGCCAGGUUAACUGACAGUGGGGUAUAUACAUGUACAAUGAAAGCAAUACACAAAGAAGAAGAAGAAGUAGAGGAACAUUCAACUCAGUCAAAUGAUAAUAAACGCUCUUGUCACAAAAUCAAUGGUAAUAAUAACAGUCAAGAUAUAUCAGAAAAUUCAACACUAAGACUAAGUAAUCCUGACUAUUACAUAACCGUAGUUGAGCCGGAGGUCAAUGAACACAAACAAACUGAUGCACCACCUCCUGUGGUACCAAAGACUUUGGCGAAAAAUCCAACACUCACUGUCACUGGUCCGAAAGUGGCAUACUAUGGCAGACCAUUGGAGCUGAAAUGCUAUGCAAAAUUCCCUACAUCAUUUCAAAUAUCAGACUACGAAAUAAUACUCGAAUGGUAUCAUAAAGGUAUUCGAAGGAAAUCAGAUCCAUAUAAUUCUGGAAGUCUAUACAUAGAACAAAGAUGGCUUAAUUCAAAUACCCUAGAAAGUCGAUUGUAUAUAAAACAAGCUAGAGAAACAGACACAGGUCAGUGGAUUUGUUUAGAACGUUACAAGUCUGUUGAAAAAGCAAGACAUGAUUUGUCUAAAUAUAUGCAUUUGCCACCAGAACAUAAGAAUCUCCAUACCAGAGAUCAGUCGAGUAAUGGUCAUCCUUCCAAGUCUCUAAUUUCAAACGAUCUUCGUCUACCUCCUUUGUCAUCUAUUAUACCUACAUCGAAAGUUACUUACGGCAGAAUUGAAGUGGAAAUACUGGAUAUGUCAAAAGCUUCAAUUCAUUUGAAGGGAACUAAAUCAGAUAAUACUCGGCAUGUAUACAGCUAUAUUCAUCCAAAUUCUAAAUUGCUACGAACAAUAUCAACCAAUUCCGCCCAUAAUCUUAAAUCAGACUGUGAUUCUUUCAUAAAGAUGUACUUGUCGACAAUAGUUAUAUUGUGUUUUUCUACGACAAAGUUAUUAACAGAUGUAAUUAUGUAA